CGUACAAAAUUUGACUGUCUGAAGACGGCUACUUAACCAUGUUAACGGGGAAGUAACAAUUUAAGUGUUACCCUAAAAUUUACAAAAGGGUGAUAAUUGGUAUGAUUCACUUAGGAAUAAAAGAAAGAUUUUAUUUAUCGUUGUGAUGUAGGAGUAGACUUCUGUAGUUAACUGAUGAACGAUCAAAUCCGUAACGUGAUAUGACACUUUUACCUGAAUAUUAUUAUUUAUGCAAAUAAUGUGGUUUAAACUUCUUUUACCUGAUUAUAUUUAUUGAAAAGAUGUGUAUUCCCGUCGAGUUCAAUGUACGCAUGUUUUAUUAUUUUGGAUUUCAUACUCAAACAACAUAACCAAAGGAACUAGUAAUACCUACAUAGGAUUGUUAAAAUUCGCCUUUUGAUUCCAAAUUCUAUUGUAAAUCAAUUUAACCAGGAUUAUCAAUUCAUAUUCAUAUAAACAACUAUGAGUGUACCAUUUUUGAGUGUAAAUACGUGUUUAACAUUCGUAAACGUAUCAACCUCUUUGACAACUGGAUUAAGUCAUGAUACUGUUAUAUCUCGUAAUUUCUGAAAUACAGUACUGUUGAACAUGUUGAACGAUCUGUGAGAAGACAAAUAAACAGGAUACAAAAGAAAUAAACUUACGAAAAGCAAAAUAAUCCUUAUGACAAUGUAACUCUUGAAAAAAAAACAGACAAAAACAUAGUGUGUUUGUUUGUGUUACUGAACUAUGCCAUUAACUGAUUCUGACUGUGCUGCCACCUAUAAGAUUCUAGUAUUAGGGGAUACAACUGUUGGAAAAUCUUCUAUAUUAAGAACUUUAACGGGGAAAGAUUUCGUGAAUAAGACUCUCCCGACUGUUGGUAUUGACUUUGUUCGAAGAACGUUUGAAGUGGAUGGUGCUGUUGUCAAACUAAAUGUAUGGGAUACAGCUGGUCAACAGAGAUUUCAUUCCGUCACGAGGAAGCACUAUAGAGGAGUACAGGGUAUAGUAUUGGUUUAUGAUAUCACAGACAGGAAAUCAUUCACACAUUUAUCGUUUUGGGUCGACAGUGUAAACAAAGGAAUAACAAAUAGUAAGAAUCAAUAUGACACCGUACCGAUCAUAUUAGUGGGGAACAAAUCAGAUCUAGAAAAAGAUAGACAAAUAGAGGAAGAAGAAGGCAAAGAGCUAGCAACGAAAAUACUGGCAUUUGACUUCAUAGAAACCAGUGCCAAAAAGAAUGAAAAUGUUUUCAUGAUGUUUAAAAGACUGGCGCAGUAUGUUACAGAAACAUUUGAUCCUAAAGUGAUGAAAAGUUAUCAUCCAUACAUGUUACGACCGCCAGAAAUAAUGGAAGAAAAGCGGAAGCAAAAUGACAAUUCGAAAAAGAAAAAGAAGAAAAAGAAAGAAAAAACGAACAAACAAGAUAAAAAUAAAUCGAAAAAAGAUAAGUUACUGACAUCUCCAUGUACAUCAACAGAACAUUCAAAUGGCCAUCUCCUAGAAAAUGAAAUCACAAACUGUGAGGAACAUAACCCACAACAAAAUGGGAAAAUAAAGAAAAAAUCUCGGGGACUCAAAUUAACAAAGAGAAAAUUACGAAUCAUUAAAACUACAAAUAAAAACAAAAGAAAAAAGAAGAAAAAGACAAUAGGAUUCCUUUGGCGGAAGCUUUUCAGGCGGAAACAAAAUAGUUCUAAGAGAGAAAGUGACAGCAGUUAUGGCCACACAUCAAGACAUGAACAUAGUUGUGUUAUAUUGUGAUGCUUCAGAAGCAUUAUCAUACAGUGUCUCAUUUCUGAAGCCAAAGCAAAGUUUCGAACAGUCGUUAAGCAAGAAAUGUGCUGUUUUGACACUAUG